CCCGGCGGGGUGGAGCGUAGCGGGGCCGCCUCUUGUUUUGCGGUCUUGUUUUGUCAGGCUGACUCCAGAGCAGCUGCAGAGACCGUCACGAGAGGAUUUCCCCACGAGCCGGUCCGCGAGUCGCUGCUGGACGUGAAUUCACCGGUCGGGACCGGAGAAGGCGCAGUCACGAGGCUGAGAGGUGAAUGCGCAUCUUCAGAGGAGGUCUGAUCCUGCUGAGGGCUGGACCAGGGGCUGAGGGGCUCUGACGGCCGGAGAGGGUCUGAGAUCACCGUGACUCCGUCCUGAAGGAGCCUGUUCACCGCGGAGCUUCUUCUGGGCCGAAUGGAUGCGACAGCGUGAGGAGAAUACUAAUGAACGGCGCGCUGCGUCCUGCCGAGGCGCACCGCGUCCCCGCUGCUGCUGCUGCUGCUGCUGAGGGCCACAGAGCCGAGCAGACACCCAGAGCCUCCGGGGCCGAGCAGACCCCCAGAACCUCCGGGGCCGGGCCCCGCCUCAGUCCGCCACCCGGGGACCAGUGAGCUGCGGUGUUACUACCAGAACCAGAGGGGGGAUCAUAAAAACACUCCUCCAGAAAGACAAAAUGGGCAACAGCUUCUCCAACAUCUCUGCCUUCCAGUCGCUCCACAUCGUCAUGCUGGGUCUGGACUCUGCGGGGAAGACCACGGUCCUUUACAGACUCAAAUUUAACGAGUUCGUCAACACGGUGCCCACCAUCGGCUUCAACACGGAGAAGAUCAAGCUGAGCAACGGCACCGCCAAGGGCAUCAGCUGCCACUUCUGGGACGUGGGGGGCCAGGAGAAGCUGCGGCCGCUCUGGAAGUCCUACAGCCGCUGCACGGACGGGAUCAUCUACGUGGUGGACUCUGUGGACGUGGACCGGCUCGAGGAGGCCAAGACCGAGCUGCACAAAGUCACCAAGUUUGCAGAGAACCAGGGCACGCCGCUGCUGGUCAUCGCCAACAAGCAGGACCUGCCCAGGUCUCUCCCGGUGGCCGACAUCGAGAAGCAGCUGGCCCUGCAGGAGCUCAGCCCCUCCACCACCUACCACAUCCAGCCGGCCUGCGCCAUCAUCGGCGAGGGGCUGCACGAGGGCAUGGACAAGCUGUACGAGAUGAUCCUGAAGAGGAGGAAGUCCAUCAAGCAGAAGAAGAAGCGGUAACAGCUGGACUGUUUCUGUCCAGGUUUACUUUGCAGUGAUUUUAACAAAAGAAAGAAAGAAAAAUCCUCAUUUUGGAUUAAAGCUGUGAAGCUUCUGCCUCAGUGGCUGCAGGAUAUAAAACACAAUAACCAAAAAGACAAACUUGAAAUGACUGUUUGGAGGAAAGAAGCGGCUGGCCCGUUUAUCUGCUGCUCGAUCCAGAAUCUGAACACAGUUGGACUCUGAAGGAGAAGGAGCUCCUCUGCUGGAGCUGACCCAGGACUUUAUGGCAUCAUAGUUUUUAUUUCCACCCACAGGAGGUCUACUGUGGAAACAGGUUUGAUUUUGCACGUAGCUGGGGUCCCUUUGGCCCCGGCCCUCUUUAUCCUGGAGGUCUGUAGUUCAGUCUGCAGGUCUGUAGUUCAGUCUGCAGGUCUGUAGUUCAGUCUGCAGGUCUGUAGUUCAGUCUGUGGAGCGUUGAAGUAGCCUUUCCUCUGCGUGGUGGACUGAGGACACUGUCCACUACUUUGCACUUUUCUUUUCCUAACAAACAGUAGAAAACGACACUGUAUUAAUAGAGGAGCAGAUCCAGGUGGUUUAUGUACUAAGAAGCCAAAAUUGAAGUAUUUUUGAAUAUUAAAUGAUAUAAAAUCCAUGAUUUGAGUGACUGUUCUUCAUUUAUCUGCAGUGAAAGAAGUGAUGAUGUGGGAUUAAGACAGUGAACCAUUAACCUGAUUGAUCCUCACAGGUUUAGAUCAAAGAGAGGUCAAAGGUCAGCUCAGAGAGCCUGCAGAGGCUUAAUGAGAGAAAUGUGUCUGAUGUCUGCAGAUAUAUUACA